CUUGGACGUAAUACACAUGCACCUGAAGAUAUAGACUUCAAAAUUAUUCAAGUCUAUAUCUUGUUUAACUUACUGCCCCAAAUUGAUGUCAUUCAUUAGGUGUCACCACCAUUAACAAAUAUAAUUAGCAAGCUACAAAUUAAAUAUCAGCUUAGCAAUCCAUGGGGAGGUCCCCUUGCUGCAAAGAGACAAAGACUGACGUAAAGAAGGGGCCAUGGACGCCGGAGGAGGACAGGAAGCUCAUCGAAUACGUUCAACUCCACGGCCACCGGAGCUGGAGGAGCCUACCAGAGAAUGCCGGCCUCAACCGGUGCGGGAAGAGCUGCCGGCUCCGGUGGAAUAACUACCUCCGGCCCGGCAUCAAGAGGGGCCAGUUCUCUGAUGAAGAAGAACGCCAGAUCGUUCACCUCCAUUCACUCCUCGGAAACAAGUGGUCGAAGAUCUCGUCGUUCCUGCCUGGACGCACUGACAAUGAGAUCAAGAACCACUGGAACACACGCCUGAAGAAGAAGCUCCUCAGAAUGGGCAUCGACCCUGUCACCCACGAUCAGCUCCCUUCCCUAGCAAACUUAAACGCCCUCCUCAUGCAAGCCGCCAAUUUGCAGAUGCUGCAAAACCUUGUUCAACUCAUGAGUACUCCUAAUAAAGUUCCUCUUCUCCCAGAGCCUUGUUCAGGCAUUAAUCCCCAUCUCAUUGAUCUCCUCCCACUCAAUUCUCUGCUUGAAGAAUUACUCGUAACGAGUCCCCUCGAUCCAAUUGUCAGUUCUUAUGACAUGCCAAUUAGUUGUUCAGAUACUCAUCAGAUGGUGCCGGAGGGUAACCUUGAGGGCACCGAGUGCUUGCAGAGGGAUUCAGUUGCAGCAGCUCCGUGGCAAGGCCUAAAUCUAGCAGAGCAAGAGUUUUCCUGGAAAGAUAUUUUAGACCAAAUCAACUCUCCGAAUGAAGAUUGAAGUGUAAAAGAUAGAAGGGGAAAUACUAAAUAAAAUAAAUGUGUUAUUUGAAGCUAGUAAAGAUGCUGGCGAUCAUAUUUGUUUUUUGAUAUUAUUUGCUUUAUUCCUUAUGUAAAAUAUUGUUUCUGUUUAAGAGAAUUUUGUCAUUGUCGUUUUAGGGUGAAUGCCGAUCCAUUAUUUCAAAGGUUGCA